AUGCAGUCUACACAAUCAGAAGCUCAAAUUACUCAGAAUGGACAAGCUAUUAAAAUGAACAAUUCGACUUGUCAAUCUUUAAAAUCCUUAUUUUCUGUUUCUCUAGGACCGAAUGGUACUUUUAAGGCUAUAAUUACACCAGGACAGUCACUGACAAUUACGAAAAGUGGUAGUGUAUUGUGCAAAGAUAUUCAAUUUAUUAAUCCUACAUCUAUUAUCGUGACUAAAGCUGCCAUGUCUUUAUAUAGUACAAUUGGUGAUGGUAGUACUUCCUUUAUAGUGCUUUGUUCAGAUAUAUUUAAUAGCGCAUUUAAAUACUUCUUAGACGGUGUUUCUAUUUCUUUUAUUUGUAAUAGUUUACAAUGUAGCAUUACUGAUAUUUCAAACUUUUUAUUAACUAGUUCAGUUGAAUUAGAUAAUGAAAAUAAAUUUGAAUCAUUAGCUUUUAAUUUAUUAAACACUAAACUUAGUAAGCAAAGUUCUAAAUUGUUGGCACCGAUACUAGUUAAAGCCGUUAAAAAUAUAUCUGGAUCACAGUUUCAAGAUGUAAAUAUGAUAGAAGUUAUUAAAAUGAAUGAAGGAGAUGUUAACGAUACAAAGUAUAUUGACGGACUUGUAUUAGAUCAUGGUAAUAGACACUAUGGAAUGCCUACAAAGCUUGAAAAUGUUGUAGUUCUUGUAACAAACAUGUCACUUGAAUACGAAAAACCAGAAAUUAAUGCGCAAUUCAUUUACAGUACAUCUAGACAAAGAGAAGAGUUAGUUAAGCAUGAGCGAGAAUUUAUACUCAAAAAGGCACAUUUAAUUGGAGAAUUCGCCAAAAAAAUAAAAACUGAAACGGGUAAAAGUUUAUUAUUAAUAUCAGAGAAAGGAAUUGAUCCCUUUUCUUUGGAUAUUUUGGCUAAGUAUGACAUAUUGGCUUUAAGGCGUGCAAAAAGGCGUAACAUGGAAAGGUUGAUUUAUAUGUGUGGAGGAAAUAUUAUUAGUGAAAUUUCGCAACUAGAUAUUAAAAAUUUAGGAUAUUGUUCAAAAGUCAGAGUCGUAACAAUUGGUGAAGAAAAGUACACAUAUUUAGAAGGAACACCUUAUAAAGGAUCAUGUACUAUUUUAAUAAGAGCAGACACUGAUAAUGAAAUGAAUAAAAUGAAUAAUGCUAUUAGAGGAGCACUAAAAGUUCUACAUUCGACAUAUAAGGAAAAACGUAUUAUUUCUGGCGGUUUAAAUUUAUAUAAAAAUCUUAUUAAUUUUAUCAAUAAAAAAUUAAACGAAGUAGAUGAAAAGAGUGUUAUUGGCUAUGAAAUUUUUAAAGAAGCAUUUACAAACAUGAUGAAAUAUCUUUUAAGAAAUAAAGGUAGUAAUGUUUACGAGGAUUUAGUUAAAAUUCUUAGAGGAAAUAUUGAAGUUAGAGAAAUUUAUGAUUCGUUCAAUGUUGUUUCAGGUGUCAUAAACAAUAGUGCCAUUGUUGCUAUGAGUUUAUUAAUGGUUGAUGAAAUUAUUAAGGCAGGUAAAUGUGUUAAAGAAGAGAAAUCAUAA